AUGCUCCCAUCACAGCGACAAAGCUCCUACUACGCUCGACGCUAUAGCGGAUUGCUUGUAUCGUCGAUUUUACUGCAAAGCCAAUUCAGCUACGAACAAGACGACGAUUAUUAUGAUGACGGUUAUGACGACGGAGACGAUGGCAGUGCUGAUGAAACAGACGACGGCAGCAACGACGACUGCUCACUGAUAUCGGGCCAUACCUGCAAUGCAAAUGGAAUAUGCAAAUACUGUGCCAUGUGUCUUCAAAGUUCAUGUAUCUGGAGCAAAUCGGUCUCGUCCUCUGUCAACAACACGUCCAUUGCAUCACCGUCCGCCCUUGUUUGUAACACCACCCAGUUUGAUACUCCCGACGUAUACGACUGGUAUGGCUACUGUUUAUCCAGUGGCAAUGACAGCGAUGGAGACUAUUGCGCAACAAGCUCUGAGUGUUACCAGUACCGCAGAAAUGCCACGUCCUCUGUGUCACACAUAUGGAACAAUCUUACCUGUGAGCCGUCUAACUGCUUGUUGAUGACGGAUCGAGGUCAGCCGCCACCAGCGCCUGGACAACUACCCACCGAAAGCGAUGGAUCCGGCGCCGGCGACGGACAGGAUGGGGACGGUGUUGGUGCAGGUGCAGGCCACCGCCAUCAUGCGGGCCAUGGAUUCACGGAACAUAGUCCAUCCGCGAUUGCCUUGAUGGUAACCUGUUCGUUUAUCUUUCUUGUCGGCAUGAUAUGGAUGAUUCAAAUGUGGAUGAAGUCAAAACGCACCCGACAACCGCUCGGACCACCCUUUUCGUGGAUUGCAUUCUGCUUGUCGUGCGGAGGACGGAGAAAGAAACGCGUACAGUCUCUCGCUUCCAACGACACGACAGUUCCCAGCACAGCACCUCCCUCGUUCAGAUCCAAUCAACAACCAGAGAUGCAGCAGCGCCGGGUGGCAUCCUCUUCCGCCUCCUCACUCGGCUCACAGUCGAGCCAACAACCUCAAAAUAGAGGAGAGCCAUUGCCUUCGUACUACAGUCCAGAUCCGUCACCGCCCAAAUAUGAACAAGCCAUCGUGACACAAAUCAGAGGUCUGAUGGGCCAACACGCACUUAUAGACGACAAUGACGGUGGGGAUGACAACGAUGGACAGCGACAAGCAGGGCAUAACUCUUUGCCACCGCCGUUGUGGUUACCUGUUUAUUUUACCCCUAAUCACUCGGCUUAUUCUUUCGGCCGUUUACGGCGUCAUCCUCCCCCGCACAUGGCUGGGGCAACUGCUGCUGCUGUUGCUGCUGUUGCUGCAUCGUCAUCUUCAUCUUCAUCACCCUCCAAUAACAACAACAACAUUGCAUCUUCGUCGUCCAGCAAUCCACAUCAACAUCAAGAUCAUGCAGGUUCUCUUUGGCACCACAACAACGAUUGGUCUGAUCCACUCCAAGCGUUUUGGUACCACCAUCAGCAACAGAUUGGACAACCUCGACCAUCACCGUCGACUUCAUCGCCUGCGGCUGUAGAUCUAUCCACAGCCAGCAGCGCCACGCAGAGACGAAGGAGAGCAAGAGAGAAUAGUUCUUCUUUGGAUGAUUUGAUAUCAAGGAACAACGACGACGACGAUGAUAAUCAAGGCCAUGUCAACAACUCGUCUUCAUUCACUGCAGGAUUACGAUAG